GAACCUCUCCAAGAAGUAGAACUAGUACUAUAUAUCUCAAAAAACCAGACUUUCUUUUAACAGUUUCAUACACUACUCUUUCUCUACAACCACACUAAAAAACUGUAAUCAAAUAUCAACAUCCCAAUAUACUACAUCAAGAGUCCAGAAAUGAAGUUUUUCAGUUGGAUGAAAAGCAAAAUCCAUAUUGGCAAGGAUAACACCAUCAAGCCGGAGCCACAAUUACAAUCUCCUACGUCCUUGCUUUCCAUCGGCACGUUUGGAAACAAAUUAGAAGAUUCAGACACCAUCGAAACCUCAGCGGAUGACGUAUUCGAGAAGGAGCUGAGGGCACUACUGAACGAGCAUGCUUCGAAUUCCUCUGGGGAAUCGGAACGUUUUGAUCUGCCAAUAGAGAAAAUGCUCGAGAGUUUUCCCAUUCAUAAAGAAGUUGACGAUGAAGAAGAAGAAGAAGAAGAAGGCGAUGAGUUGGUAGCAGAGAAGGAAGCCGGCCUUGUUGAAAGAGCAUAUAGUAAUAGCACAGGAAAAGACAGGAAAGGAAAGGGAAGCAUAUACAGAAAGUCGAUAUCGUUUCUUCUUAGGAAGGCUUUUGUUUGUGGGGGUGGAUUUGCGCCACCUCCUAUCUUGAGAGAUCCAUUUCUUGAUGCUAAUUUGGAUAGAUCGAGAAUGGAGAAGAUCUUGAAGACUGUGAUACGGAAGAAGAAGCAUCCUCAAACACAGAAAUACUUGGAUAAAAAUCGGAUCACAAACGAGGAGGAAAAGGGAGACACAAGUAGUCCAAAUAAUUGGGUAAAGACACACUCAGAAUAUAUUUUUCUAGAUCUAUGAGAGCUAUAUCAGCAGCAAAUUCAAGAGCAAGAAGAGGAACGAAGAUGGAAAGCAAGGAUAAUCUUAAAAUGCAAUGAAAUGUGACAAAAAAAGGGCAAGGAUGAAGGAAGUGCA